CUUUUCACUUCAUCCGACAAUGUGGAGAGAUUUUUUUUUCGUGAAAGGCAAUGAAGCUGGCCUCUAGAGUGAGACGCCUUUCGCUGCUCACAAUAAUGGUCGCGGGGGUCGUAGCUUUCUCGACAUCCGACGUCAAAGUCCUGACACGGCAAAUUCAAUCCGCAUCCAAAGAACGCGUUGCUGCCGUCGUCGAUUUCUUACUGUCUUCUGACUGUGACAAAGAUUCCCCCUUCCUGAAAGGCCUUCGUAUUUGUGGAAAAGCCAAGCGGGCGGAUCUGGCGCUCCGGCUGUAUCAGAAACAUCCCACGGAAGCCUGUCGAUCCGUUGCCAUUUCCGCAAUGGGCUUGUGUCAGGAGUUGGAGCUGGCGCUGCAGCUACUGCACGAACCUCCAAGCGCCACGGCAGCUGCUUACAAUGCCGCGAUCGCGGCUUGUGGAAAGUGUCGUAACUGGGAAGAGGCGAUGACUGUCUACAACGGCAUGCCGGUGGCUUUGAAAUCGACCUUGACGGCCAACGCGCUGUUGUCGGUGCUGGCACGGUACCAGCGGGGAACGGAAGCUUUCACAGUACUACAGUCCAUGCCAACAUCUCCGGAUAGGGUGAGCUAUCACUCUGUGGUUCGAGCAUUGACGCAAACCCCUAAUGGGCUAGCUGUGAUCUUGCCGGUCCUCACGAUGCUAAAAGACGCUGAUCUUGCUCCGACUGACGACAUCUUCGACAUGGCGAUCCAAAGUUGCCUGAAGCACAACGACGUUGGGCUCCUUCAAAAAGUCAAGCUGCUGAAAGACCCGGGGACACCCGCCACGAUUCCGGUUGCUCGUGUAUCCUGGGAAUUUUUGCCUAAAGUGGGGCGGGGGAAAAGUGGUUACUGGAAAAUGGGGGAACUCGUUCCAAGUCUUUCUCGUGGUAACCAGGACGGUACAAUUACGGUAGGAGUUCAGCCGCACAGGAAUCUGACGAGAUUUGGCAUUACCUUUGUUUUUUACCAGAAUGAAAUCAAACUAGGAUAUCUGCUGAUGGAGAAUUCUCCUCAACGUCAAGAGUCGAUGCUCAUGGGCCUACUCGUGACGAACACGAAAAGAGGUGGGGGUCUUUCCAAGAUAUUUCUGGCGUGCUGGCUGCGGUUUUGCGAAAUGGGCGAUCUCCGUCCAGUCACGGGUGUCAUACGCAAGCCUUUGUUGGCACUAGUCUUGCAACACCGCUUUGGCUUUCAGCCAGAAGCUGGCAAUGGCAUUGAAGUCGAAGUGUCCAUGGAGUCAAAACCGGGGGGAGAUGGUAGUGAGCAAGGUGACUCUUCAAGCAUUGUCUUAUCGGCGACAUCCACGACAAAGAACAUCGAGGGCGCUUUUUCGUCGCGUGAUAUUGCCAAACAGGGCUUGCGUUUGGAAACACGUACUGCGCUUGCAAGUUCCGCAGCUUCGGAUACCACUGGCCCAGUACAUGCAACUGCCGGUCGGCGUGUUUCCGUUCUGUGUCGCUUCAUCCCUCCACCGUCCGAAUACUGGCAGGACCAGGUGAAAGUAGUGCUCUCCGGUCAAACUUCGAAUGAGAGGUUUCGGUUCGAAAGCAACGUUGCAGCCUCUGACGUUCGGCGCAUAUUCCUCUUCGAAGGAAUCCAGACGGAGGCGCCACAAAAGUGAGGACAUUCUUCUGUUCGGUA